AAAGGAAGUGAAGCACGAAUGUUUCCGUCCGGUCCAGUUUGUUCACGGUCCUGUCAAACGUCCGUUGUUUUGAUGAAAAAAAAGUUUAAUUUUUCAGUACUUUGCAAAAUUUAUUCAGUUCUUUUCUGAUAAAGCUCAAUAAAAUCGGUGAAAAUAGAGGGUUUGACGAAAAUCGCCGGCAAAUUUAGGAGAAUGCAAAAGUACGAAAAGUUGGAAAAAAUCGGCGAAGGCACCUACGGAACGGUGUUCAAGGGUAAAAACCGAGAUACUCUGGAGAUUGUGGCCCUGAAGCGGGUUCGCCUGGACGAAGACGAUGAAGGAGUUCCCAGUUCGGCGCUGCGCGAAAUUUGCUUGUUGAAGGAACUUAAACAUAAAAACAUCGUUCGUCUAUACGACGUCCUUCAUUCGGAUAAGAAGCUAACGCUUGUCUUCGAGCAUUGCGAUCAGGAUCUGAAAAAGUACUUCGAUAGUCUAAAUGGCGAAAUCGACCCGGAUGUGGUCAAAAGCUUCAUGUACCAACUGCUGCGAGGACUGGCCUUCUGUCACAGUCACAACGUUUUGCAUCGGGAUCUGAAGCCGCAGAAUUUGCUGAUCAACAAAAACGGGGAACUAAAGCUGGCCGAUUUCGGGCUUGCCAGGGCUUUCGGAAUUCCGGUCAAAUGUUACUCGGCUGAAGUGGUAACCCUGUGGUACCGACCGCCGGAUGUGCUGUUUGGGGCAAAACUAUACACCACUAGCAUCGACAUGUGGUCGGCUGGGUGUAUCUUUGCUGAGCUGGCUAAUGCGGGAAGGCCGCUGUUUCCCGGAUCCGAUGUGGACGAUCAGCUGAAACGGAUCUUCAAGCUGUUAGGCACACCAACGGAAGACACAUGGCCUGGAAUCACCCAGCUUAGCGAUUACAAACCUUUUCCACUUUACCCGCCAACAACUUCUUGGAGUCAAGUGGUACCCCGACUGAACUCCAAAGGUCGCGAUCUGCUGCAAAAACUUCUCAUAUGUCGGCCAACACUGCGACUCAGUGCCGAACAGGCGAUGGCCCAUCCGUACUUUACGGAGAACUGAAAACGAUUAUAGCAGCUGAAAUCGUUUCUAUCGACGGGCAAUAGCAGCAAUAACAUUCAAAAGACAACCAAAAGUGGCGAGUCGUCCACAGCCAUUGCAUCUAGCAGUUCCAUCAGUACUUUAACUACCACAAUGGACACCAUUGUUGAGUAGCUGUUGCAUAUUCUUUUUCCAGUGUGCUUGCUAAACAAAGCAGUAAUGUACUUGCUUCAUCCCAAAAAGGCUGUACCUAUGAUUUAUACCGUUAGGAUUAGUUGUAUUAACUUAGCAUGUACAAUGUGAUUUUAUUUGCUACCUUUCGAAUAUCGUUUUUAGAAUGAGUUAAUGGAAGUAUGUAAUAGAAAUAUUGUGUUGAGUCCAAGUCUCGUAGAAAUUUGCAGUUUUCGUUCAACUAUGCUCUAUCCUGAGUAAAAGUAGCAUAGUGCUUAUAUAGAAUAUGUGUGAUUAAUCCAAGAACAAGGCGAUUUAUACCUAGAUAACAAUGUCAGUCUACCUUAAGCGUACUUAUGGCCGUGAAUGCUCGAGGAGAAUUCAAUCAUAGUGGAGAUUGCCACAAGUUUAUCGAACUUUAGUGGUCCUCUUUCUAAUGUUCAAUAUAAUGUACUAUUUCCAAUUGUGUGUAGAGUAGAAUUCAAAUAUAAAUCACUGACCAAAAUA